AACUCAACCAGGCGGUUUUUUUGUUUUAGAAAUGUCAGGAACUGAAGGAUCAGAGCAAAAUGAUUCAGAACUAAGUAGCACGAUGAGGAACAAAGUAAACCCCGAGUGUAGUAACGUAUCUGAAGAAGGUACGUCCAGAACGUCUGCAAUUAGGGAACGAUGGAAUGAUUUUGUGGAAAGUACAACACUUCAUGGUUUAGCUUAUGUGGUUACCAGUAAAUCGAGGAUUCGUCGCAUUCUCUGGGCUGUGUUUCUUUUGGUGGCAAUUGUCUUUGUUUCGUACCAGUCCUUUACAAUGUUGAAGAAGUAUUUCAGCUUUCCAAACACUACAAAAGUCAGUUUGAAAUACGAUGCGAAGCCGGAUUUUCCAGCCGUGACUAUUUGUAACUUCAACAAGUUCAGAAAUUCUGUUAUUGAAGAUUUAGGACUAGACGCAGUUGCUAAUAAAAGUGUAGACCUCAACAAAGUAAUUAACAUAACACAACUUUUUUAUGCUGCGGGACAUCAAAUCAAUGAUACCUUAGCUUAUUGUGUUUGGAACAGUAAACAGACCUGCGAUUACAGGAAUUUCACUCCAGUGAUGAGUUCUAUGGGGCUUUGCCACACAUUUAAUUCAGGAAAGAACGGUCAAAGUGUUUUGAAGGUCAAUGAAGCAGGAGCAGAUUUUGGACUUUAUAUGAUGCUAAACGUACAGCAGUAUGAAUAUUUUGGAGUUGAAUCUCGUGAUGCCGGCCUCAGGGUACGUGUUCAUCAUCAGAAUACUCUGCCUAUGGUUUCUCAGCUUGGAUUUGCUGUCAGUCCUGGCACAAGUGUAUUUGCAGGGAUACAAAAACAGAGGGUCAUUAAUCUCCCAAAACCGUACGAAAGUAACUGCUACGAUGGAAUGAUGGAUGGUACACCUGAUUUCACGACGUACACAAUUUCAUCAUGUAUGUUGCUUUGUGAGACCAGGUUUGUGAUCAAAGAGUGCGGAUGUAGGAGCGUAGAAAUGUCAGAGUUGAACGGCACCAAACACUGCUCAAACAACCGAACACUGAGAUGCCUGUUUAAAGCUAAAGCCAAGUUUCAAACUUUAAAGGAAGAUCAGUGUGAUUGUCGAGUGCCCUGUGACGCGAUCUCCUAUAAACCGUCAUUGUCAUACGCUGCGUUCCCUAGCGAAGGAUAUUUGUCACGUGGUGUCAAAGAAGCGGGAAAUAACGAUAACUUGACAUUGGAACAAAUCAAAGAAGGACAAGAACAGUUAAGGCGGAACUUUCUGGAACUGCGUGUGUAUUACCAGGAUUUGAAUUACCAGGUUAUUGAGGAAACACCCGCCUAUGAAUUGCAAAGUUUGCUGGGUGAAAUCGGCGGUCAAGUUGGUCUUUGUGUCGGUGCCAGUCUCCUGACCUUGCUUGAAUUCUGUGACGUCAUACUUGGUGUCGUAGGAAUACGAAUGGGGUGGAGAUGAAUUCUUUUUCACUUCAGAGCAUGUUUCUUUUUUUUAGGACUGAAAUAUUUUCCAUCGAUCGAUAUUUUAUGUGGGCCGGUUAGGGAUGAAUGAGAUGCCAGUAAUGAGAAGCAAAAUGAGGGAAUGCAUUGGUUGUGUAAGUGAAAUGAAAUUCUCUUUCAAACGUUGCAAGACGAGUACUAGUUGAAGGCUGUCAACAGCUGAACAUAAUCAAAAUUCUACAGCAUUUUUAGAAUUCAC